AUGGUUGCAGGAAUGCUUAUGCCCCUGCGGGACUUGAGGGCAAUCUAUGAGGUUCUCUUUCGAGAUGGCGUCAUGGUGGCCAAAAAGGACAAGAGACCUCAGACCCAGCACCCUGAAGUACAAGGGGUGUGCAACCUACAAGUAAUCCGUGCUAUGGGAUCACUUAAGUCAAGAGGCUUCGUGAAGGAAACGUUUGCCUGGAGACAUUUUUACUGGUACCUCACCAAUGAGGGUAUUGUUUACCUGCGUGACUACCUCCGCCUGCCCCUUGAGAUUGUCCCAGCCUCCUUGCAAAGGUUUAAGAAACCAGUUACCACUCUGGCCAUGGCCAAACGAGCAGGAAUGGUCCAGUCUGUUGAAGGUCCUACAUCUUACGUGCCUAAACCAGGGCGUAGGGGAGAAGCUGAAAGCCAAGAAGCAGUGGCAGAACGUCAGAGCUACCGCCACCGGGAGAUAGGUCCCAGAGAAAAAGAGAGCUACUCUGACAGAAAUCCCAGAUUCAGGGGCCGUCCACUCUCUGCAGAACAUGCUCGGCCUAAACAAAUGGAUGACCAGUCCCAUUCGUUGUUUACAAAAGGGAAAAGCAUUAAAAGUGAAUCAAUGUCACUGGGCAGCUCAUAUCAGCAGCUUGAUGUUCACAAUGAUAAAGGAUCAUCUCAGGAGAGAGAAAUAUCUGAUGUUGAAAAGGAGGAAAAAAGCAGUUUUCUCUCUGCUUCAAAAGCAUCUUGGAAAAAUGAUGUUUCAAAGCCCUUUUUGGCAGCUCCUAUUGCAGAGGCUACAGAUGCUACACCUCAAGGAAAUAAACAUGGGGAAGAUAGUCUUAAAGGAAGCCCAGACAAGUUGAAAACUGCGGAUGCAGAUGAUUGUAAAUUGAUUACUGAUACCAGCAGUUCAACUAGUUCAGCACCUCCAGUAACCGAGAUCAAGAAGGAACCUAACAAUGAGGCAGUGGCACUGGUUAAAGCAAAUGUACCAGCCACUAAUAAGAUAAAACCCAAGGCCUUUACCAGUCAGGCAUCUACCAAGGUAACUCACGAUCUUUUGCCAGACACUGUCACAGCCACUCAUGUCCAAACCAAAGCUUCCAAUGCUGAUCUCAAGGAAAAGGUGAAGGUGACUAUUAUUACAGACACCCAUGUCAUUACCAAAUCCCCCAACAAUGAUUCCAAUGAAAAUAUUGUCGAUGCUGAUGCAGAACUUGCAACGACUGAAACAGCAGCUCAUAAUGUAAAUCAUAAAACUGGUUCUUGGGAAGCGACUAAACUCCUAACCACCACUGAAAUUCCUGUUAUGAAACCAGCCAAUACAGACGUUGUGGGAGAGCAGGUUAUAGGUGGAAUUAUGAAGAAAAAAGCAGAACCAAAAAUUGUUAAUGAAAAGGCAAAAACAGCAUCAAAAAGAGCCAUCACUAAAGAGGAAGCCAAAUCUCAACCAGUGAUGUCUGCGGAUGCAGAAGAAAUUCCUACAAUUAAGGGAUCUCAGGAUCUCAUUGUCUCUAUGAGCCCAGUGACUCUACCAGGAAAAUCUAAAAAUGAAGAAAUAUGUGGCAACAUUGCACUGGAGUCUUCAGUCACCAAAGUUAUGACAACCACUGUCGCAUCAGUAAUGGGUGGUACUGAGAAGGCCAAAACAGAAAAAGACAAAGCCAAAACCAAAAAGAAGAAUGUAAAUGCAAGUCCUGAUGUCAAGAAAGAUGAAACAUUAGCACCGGAAGAAAGUUGUAAAACUCCUGUACAAGUGUCUUUAACAGUGGAAAAAGGCAUUUCUGCUGGAAUUAGUCCAAAUGCUGUGCCCUCUGAACUGGCUAUUGUGAACAAACAAGUGAUUGAAGGAAGCUCUAAAUCCAAACGGAAAAAAAAGAAAUCUCAAUCUGAGAAAGUCAAGAUUAAAGACAGCUCGGUUGUGACCUCUGAACUGCAAAAUCGUAAUGUUUCUCCAAAAAUGACUCUUGAAAGAAUGUGCAGUGAGGAAACCAGACAGGCAGCAGCUGUGCUCUCUCAGGCCCCAUCAGACAAAGGGGAGGUGGAGCCAGUUCUACUCUUUACAGAAAAAAUCAAGCAGGAGGUUCCAAAAGCAAAAACAUCCUCUGCUGUUAGGGAAGCACCCAAAGCCAGAGAAUUAGCGUCAGCAGAGCCAGUGGUAAAAGCAGAGGCAGCUGUAGCUCAGGCACAGGCCAACCCCCUUGUCAAGCAAAAAGAGCCUCCCAUAGUUGCACAACAUUCAGCCACUCCGGCAGCAGAGAGCGGCACAGCAAAUAAGCUCUCUGUGUCAGAGGCCUUGAAGCAGGAGGAAGAAACGAAGUGGGACUUGGAGGAGGACACACCCUCUGCCACUGCAACUCUCGCAAGUGCCAAACCUCACGUGGGGGACAGCGUUUUGUCCGCAAGCCCUGAAACAGACGAGGCCAACAUGAAGAGGAAAAUUGUUGUGGUUGAAGAGAUAGUUGAGGUGAAGCAGCUUGUUAGUCCUCAGGCAACUGGGGAGCAGUCAAGUCCACAACCUGUGCAGCCUGAAACAGAAGAAGAAGAGUUGGACUUGGAUGUUUUGGAAGAGAUUGCCAUAGAAAGAGCACUUUUGUCAGCGACGCCGGGUGUCAGGGUGCAAGGAGCCUCCCCUGAAGUAGACUGGGACCACUCACUAGAGGAGCCGGAGGAUAAGACAUUCCCCAACUUCAUUGAAGCGGCCCUAAAAAUGCCACAGAGGUACAGGAAUUUUUCAUCUGACGGCAUUGGCAGAGAGAGGAUGCCCUCUGAUGAAAACUAUUACCAGGGGAGGUUGAAGGCAAUGGACACCAGGAAAGAUGAACGAGACAGAGUACAGAAAAAGACCUUCACAAAAUGGGUGAACAAACACUUGAUUAAGGCCCAGCGUCAUGUGUCAGAUUUGUAUGAAGAUCUUCGAGAUGGACAUAACCUGAUCUCGUUGCUGGAGGUCCUCUCUGGAGAAACACUGCCCAGAGAGAAAGGCCGCAUGAGAUUCCACAAACUGCAGAAUGUACAAAUAGCGCUGGAUUUCCUCAAGCACCGGCAGGUCAAGCUUGUUAACAUCAGAAAUGAUGACAUUGCAGAUGGAAACCCCAAGCUGACCCUUGGGUUAAUAUGGACAAUCAUCUUACACUUCCAGAUCUCAGAUAUUCAGGUCAACGGCCAGUCUGAAGAUAUGACGGCCAAGGAGAAGCUCCUCCUCUGGUCUCAGAGGAUGACGGAUGGCUACCAAGGCCUCCGAUGUGACAACUUUAGCACCAGCUGGAGGGAUGGAAAACUUUUCAACGCUGUCAUACAUAAACACUAUCCCAGGCUAAUUGACAUGGGCAAAGUGUAUCACCAGACCAACCUGCAGAACCUAGAGCAGGCCUUCAACGUGGCUGAGAAAGACCUUGGUGUGACUCGUCUUUUGGACCCUGAAGAUGUUGAUGUUCCACAUCCCGAUGAGAAAUCCAUCAUCACUUAUGUGUCAUCCUUGUAUGAUGUCAUGCCUCGGGCUGCUGUACAGGAAAGCGUGAGAUCUAAUGAGUUGGAGUUGCGCUGGCGGGAGUACUAUGAGCUGGUAACUCUUUUGCUCCAGUGGAUCCGCCACCAUGUCAUGGUCUUUGAGGAGAGGAAGUUCCCAGCCAGUUAUGAAGAGAUAGAGAUUCUUUGGCGUCAAUUCAUGAAGUUUAAGGAGACAGAACUGCCACCCAAAGAAUCAGAUAAGAACCGCUCUAAACACAUCUACCAAAGCUUUGAGAGUGCAGUGCAUGCUGGUCAGGUGAAAGUCCCUCCUGGCUACCACCCUAUUGAUGUGGAGAAGGAAUGGGGUCGACUCCAUGUUUCCAUUUUGGAGAGAGAGCGACUGCUGAGAACCGAGUUUGAGAGACUUGAGAGACUUCAGAGGAUUUUAAACAAAGUCCAGAUGGAGUCCGGAAGAUAUGAUGAGCACCUAAACCACCUUGAGACCUUACUGCAGACGGACAUCCGCCUCCUCAAUGCUGGAAAACCAGCCCAGCACACAGCAGAAAUUGAGCGCGAGCUAGACAGGGCCGACAAUGUUGUUCGUCUACUCUUCAAUGAUGUACAGACACUUAAAGAUGGACGCCACCCUCAGGCUGAACAAAUGUAUCGCAGAGUAUACAGCCUACAUGAGCGCCUAGUUAACUUGCGCAGCGAUUACAACCUUCGCCUGAAGUCUUCCCAGAUUGCCUUGACCCAGAUAUCGCAGAAGACUACCAUGAAGGCACGGCCAGAGUUGGAUGACGUGACCUUGCGCUAUGUUCAAGAUCUUCUUGCCUGGGUGGAGGAGAAUCAACGGCGUAUUGACGGAGCUGAGUGGGGUUCAGAUCUCCCUUCAGUGGAGUCGCAACUGGGCAGCCACAGAGGCUUGCACCAGACCGUGGAAGACUUCAAAUCAAAGAUUGACCGUGCCAAAGCUGAUGAGAAUCAGCUAUCCCCUGCUAGCAAAGGAACAUACAGAGAGUACCUGGGUAAACUGGACCUUCAAUAUGGCAAACUGCUGAACUCCUCAAAGUCCCGCUUACGAAACUUGGAUUCACUGCAUGCAUUUGUGAGCGCAGCGACCAAGGAGCUUGUGUGGCUAAAUGACAAAGAGGAGGAGGAAGUCAAUUUUGACUGGAGUGACAGAAACACCAACAUGGUAGCAAAGAAAGACAACUACUCGGGUCUUAUGCGAGAGUUGGAGCACAGGGAGAAAAAAGUCAAUGACAUCCAAACCACAGGAGAUAAAUUGGUCAAUGAUGGCCAUCCUGGCAAGAAAACAGUGGAGGCCUUCACAGGUGCCCUGCAGACCCAGUGGAGCUGGAUCCUUCAGCUGUGUUGUUGUAUUGAGGCUCAUCUUAAAGAGAACACAGCUUACUACCAGUUCUUCGCCGAUGUUAAAGAGGCUCAGGACAAGAUGAAAAAAAUGCAGGAGACUAUGAACAAGAAAUACAAUUGUGAUCGCUCCACCACAGCCACACGCCUGGAGGAUCUCCUACAGGAUACUGUGGAAGAGCGAGAACAGUUGAAUGAAUUCAAGACACACGUCAAUGGCCUUAACAAAAGGGCUCGCUCGAUCAUUCAACUGAAACCACGUAACCCGACCACCUCCAUCAAAGGCAAACUUCCUAUUCAGGCUGUCUGUGACUUCAAACAGCAAGAGAUUACUGUUCAUAAAGGAGAAGAGUGCGCACUUCUCAACAACUCACAGCCUUUCAAAUGGAAGGUCCUGAGUCGCUCUGGAAAUGAGGCAAGUGUGCCUUCGGUGUGCUUCCUGGUUCCUCCAGUUAACAAGGAUGCCAUGGACAGUGUGUCCAGUCUGGAUACAGGUCAUCAGCAGAUGGUUUCCAUGUGGCAGACGUUGUAUAUCAACAUGAAGAGUCUUCUAUCAUGGCAGUACCUGAUGAGGGACUUUACACAAAUACGUUCCUGGAACAUCGCCACGUUAAAGUCAAUGAAACCAGAAGAAUAUAGACAAGUGAUGAGGAAUCUUGAGAUCCACUACCAGGACUUUAUGCGCGACAGCCAGGACUCUAAUCAGUUUGGCCCUGAUGACCGUCUACGCAUAGAGGGAGACUAUAACAAAUCCACCCAGAACUUUGACAGCUUGCUUCGCGCUAUGGAAAAAGGUCAACAAAAUGAAUCUCUGUGUAAGAACUACAUCGCAGAUCUUAAGGACCUGCGACUGCGAAUUGAGGACUGUGAGGCUCAGACUGUGGCUCGCAUACGCAAACCAAUGGAAAAGGAACCUCUUAAAGAAUGUGUUCAGAAGACCGUAAACCAGCAAAAAGUGCAGACAGAGCUUGAGGGCCUCAAGAGGGACCUCGAUAAGGUGUCUGUGAGGGCACAAGAAAUCUUGAAGUCCCCACAGGAGUCUACUUCGACCCCUGUGCUGCGUUCUGAGCUAGACCUCACCGUGCAGAAGAUGGACCACGCCCACAUGCUCUCCUCUAUUUAUAUUGAGAAGCUCAAGAAUGUGGAAAUGGUCAUUCGUAACAGUCAGGGUGCCGAGGGUGUACUCAAGCAGUAUGAGGACUAUCUUCGUGAAGUCCACACUGUGCCUAGUGACGUCCAGGCUGUUGAGACAUACCGUACAAAGCUUAAGAAAAUGCGAGCUGAGGCUGAGGCUGAACAGCCAGUGUUUGAUUCCCUCGAAGAAGAACUGAAAAAAGCCUCCGUUGUGAGUGACAGGAUGAGUCGCGUGCACAGUGAGCGCGAUGCUGAGCUGGACCACUACCGUCAGCUCCAGUCUAGCAUUCAAGACCGGUGGAAGGCUGUGUUCACUCAGAUUGACCUUCGCCAGAGAGAGCUGGAGCAGCUAGGCCGGCAGUUGGGUUACUACCGGGACAGUUAUGAUUGGCUGAUCACUUGGAUAGCAGAGGCAAAGCAAAGGCAAGAAAGGAUCCAGACCGUACCUGUCACAGACAGUAAAACUCUGAAAGAGCAACUGGCAUUGGAAAAGAAAUUACUGGAGGAAAUUGAGAAGAACAAAGGAAAAGUCGAUGAAUGUCAGAAAUAUGCUAAAGCAUACAUUGACACAAUUAAGGACUAUGAACUCCAGUUGAUUGCCUAUAAAGCUCAAGUGGAGCCUCUUGCUUCUUCUCCUUUAAAGAAAACCAAACUGGAUUCUGCAUCUGAUAACAUUAUUCAGGAGUAUGUAACACUGAGAACCCGAUACAGUGAACUAAUGACUCUGACCAGUCAGUACAUCAAGUUCAUUACUGAUGCGCAACAACGCCUGGAGAACGAGGAGAAAGCUGCAAAGAAACUCAAAGCAGAAGAACAGAAAAAAAUGGCAGAGAUGCAGGCUGAAUUAGACAAACAGAAGCAGUUAGCAGAAGCGCAUGAAAAGGCCAUUGCCAAGGCAGAAAAAGAGGCACAAGAAUUGAAACUCAAAAUGCAGGAAGAAGUUAGCAGGAGAGAAAUUGCUGCUGUAGAUGCAGAAAAGCAAAAGCAUAAUGUCCAGCUGGAGCUCCAUGAGCUAAAAAACCUUUCAGAACAGCAGAUCAAAGACAAAGCCCAACAAGUGGAUGAUGCUCUACAAAGCAGAACAAAGAUUGAAGAGGAAAUACGCCUAAUAAGAAUCCAACUUGAGACAACAGUAAAGCAAAAAACUACAGCUGAGUCUGAGCUAAAGCAACUUCGUGAAAGAGCAACUGAAGCUGAGAAACUUAGGAAGGCUGCCCAAGAAGAAGCAGAAAAGCUCCGCAAACAAGUCCAUGAAGAGACUCAGAAAAAACUUAUUGCAGAGGAGGAACUCAAAUUUAAAUUUGAGGCAGAAAAGGAAGCAGCCAGGCAAAAGCAAAGAGCACUGGAUGACCUUGAAAUGCUAAAAAGGCAGGCAGAGGAAGCAGAAAGGCAAGUAAAGCAAGCAGAAAUCGAAAAGGAAAAACAAAUCAAGGUGGCUCAUGAGGCAGCACAAAAGAGUGCUGCCAUUGAGCUCCAGAGCAAACACUUGUCUUUUGUAGAAAAAACCUCAAAACUGGAAGAAUCUCUCAAACAAGAACAUGGUACUGUCCUUCAACUGCAACAAGAAGCCUCACGGCUCAAGAAACAGCACACAGAUGCAGAAUUGGCUAGAGAAGAGGCUGAAAAAGAACUUGAGAAAUGGAGGCAAAAAGCCAACGAGGCCCUCCGUCUCAGGCUCCAGGCUGAGGAAGAAGCUCACAAAAAGAAUCUUGCACAGGAAGAGGCAGAGAAGCAAAAGGAUGAAGCAGAGCGUGAGGCUAAGAAAAGAGCCAAAGCUGAAGAAUCAGCGCUUAAGCAGAGAGAUAUGGCUGAGAAAGAGCUUGAAAGGCAGAGGAAGAUGGCUGAGACAACUGCACAGCAGAAGCUCACUGCAGAACAGGAGCUGAUUCGUCUCAGAGCAGACUUUGACAAUGCAGAACAACAACGAUCUCUGCUAGAAGAUGAGCUUUAUCGUCUGAAGAAUGAGGUUGUUGCAGCUCAGCAACAAAGGAAACAACUCGAAGAUGAACUAGCCAAAGUGAGGAGUGAAAUGGAUGUACUUAUCCAGCUAAAGUCCAAGGCAGAAAAGGAGACAAUGUCAAACACAGAGAAGAGCAAACAGCUUCUUGAAGUAGAAGCCGCCAAAAUGAAGGACCUGGCUGAAGAGGCAGGUAAGCUAAGAGCCAUUGCGGAAGAGGCCAAGCACCAAAGGCAAGUUGCUGAAGAAGAGGCAGCUCGUCAGAGAGCUGAGGCUGAGAGGAUUCUUAAAGAGAAGCUGGCCGCUAUCAGUGAUGCAACCCGUUUAAAAACGGAGGCUGAAAUUGCUCUGAAAGAAAAAGAAGCAGAAAAUGAGAAACUACGUAGACAAGCUGAAGAUGAGGCUUACCAGAGGAAAGCACUUGAAGACCAAGCCAAUCAACACAAACAAGCAAUUGAGGAAAAAAUCAUCCAACUGAAAAAAUCAUCUGAAGCUGAAAUGGAUAGGCAAAAGGCUAUUGUGGAUGACACACUCAAACAAAGGCGAGCUGUCGAAGAAGAGAUCAGAAUCCUCAAGCUGAACUUUGAGAAAGCGUCAUCUGGUAAACUAGAUCUGGAACUUGAGCUUAACAAGUUGAAAAAUAUUGCUGAAGAAACUCUACAAAGCAGGCUGGAAGCAGAGGAGGAAGCCGAAAAAUUAAGAAAGCUGGCCCUAGAGGAGGAGAGAAAGAGGAGAGAAGCGGAAGAUAAAGUUAAGAAGAUCACUGCUGCGGAGGAAGAGGCAGCUAGACAACGCAAAGCAGCCCAGGAAGAACUUGAGCGACUGAAAAAAAAGGCAGAAGAAGCCAGGAAGCAGAAGGAAGAGGCUGAUGAAAAAGCAGAAAAACAGGUCGUUGCAGCUCAACAAGCAGCCCUGAAAUGCAGUGCAGCUGAACAGCAAGCACAAAGUGUACUUGCUCAACAGAAGGAAGAUAGCAUCAUGCAGAAAAAGCUCAAGGAAGAAUAUGAGAAAGCCAAAAUACUUGCCAAACAAGCUGAAGCUGCAAAGGAGAACGCCGAAAGGGAAGCAGUGCUUCUUCGUCAGCAAGCUGAGGAAGCAGAACGACAGAAAUUGGCUGCUGAACUAGAAGCCGCAAAUCAAGCCAAAGCCCAGGAGGAUGCUGAGAGGCUUAGAAAGGAAGCUGAAUUUGAGGCUGCUAAACUUGCCCAAGCUGAAGCUGCAGCCUUGAAGCAGAAGCAACAAGCGGAUGCUGAAAUGGCAAAGCACAAAAAACUGGCAGAGCAAACACUGAAGCAGAAGUUCCUAGUAGAACAAGAGCUCACAAAGGUUAAACUUCAACUUAAUGAGACUGAUAAUCAAAAGUCUGUCCUUGAUACAGAGCUGCAGAGAUUAAAAGAUGAGGUUGACGAUGCUGUUAGACAAAGGGCCCAGGUUGAAGAUGAACUUUUAAAAGUAAAAGUUCAGAUGGAAGAGCUACUCAAGCUUAAAAUGAAAAUUGAGGCGGAGAAUCAGCGCCUUAUCAAGAAAGACAAAGAUAACACUCAAAAAUUCCUUGCAGAUGAAGCUGAAAACAUGAAAAAGCUUGCUGAGGAUGCUGCAAGACUCAGUGUAGAAGCUCAAGAGGCCGCUCGCUUGAGACAGAUUGCUGAAGAAGACCUCAAUCAGCAACGAGCUCUUGCAGACAAAAUGCUCAAGGAGAAGAUGCAGGCCAUUCAGGAAGCAUCGAAAUUCAGAGCUGAGGCAGAGAUGCUCCAGAGGCAGAAAGACUUAGCCCAAGAGCAAGCACAAAAGCUGCUUCAGGACAAUCAACUCAUGCAACAGCGUCUAGAAGAAGAAACUGAAGAAUACCAGAAGUCACUUGAAGCGGAAAGAAAAAGGCAAUUGGAAAUCAUAGCAGAGGCAGAAAGACUUAAACUCCAAGUUUCUCAGCUCAGUGAAGCCCAGGCUAAAGCAGAAGAAGAGGCAAAGAAAUUUAAGAUACAGGCAGAUACAAUUGCGUCCCGUCUUCAUCAAACUGAAAUUGCCACCAAAGAGAAAAUGACUGUUGUUGAAAAAUUGGAAGUUGAGAAACUAAAUACCAGCAAAGAAACCGGUGAUUUGCGCAAAGCUAUUGCAGAGCUCGAGAACGAGAGGGCUAGACUGAAAAAAGAGGCGGAAGAACUUCAAAAUAUGUCCAAAGAGAUGGCUGAUGCACAACAGAAACAAAUUGAGCAUGAGAAGACAAUGCUUCAGCAAACAUUUCUUACUGAAAAAGAAAUGCUGUUGAAGAAAGAGAAGCUCAUCGAAGAUGAGAAAAAGAGACUGGAGAACCAAUUUGAAGAGGAAGUCAAAAAGGCACAAGCUCUGAAAGAUGAACAAGAACGCCAAAGACAACAGAUGGAGGAAGAAAAGAAAAAGUUGCAGGCUACCAUGGAUGCAGCUCUCAAUAAACAGAAAGAGGCAGAAAAGGAGAUGUUAAACAGGCAAAAAGAAAUGCAGGAACUGGAAAAGAAGAGACUAGAGCAGGAAAGAAUUCUGGAAGAAGAGAACCAGAAACUGCGGGAGAAACUGCAACAGAUGGAAACGGCAAACAAAGACACAGUUCAGCCUGUUAAAGUUCUAGGCACUAUGGUUGACAAUGUACUUAAUGGACAAAAUGCCAAUGACACAGUAGACAGUUUGGGGAAGAAAGUAGAUCCCCUAGCUUUUGAUGGUAUUCGUGAAAAAGUCCCUGCGAGCCGACUUCAUGAGUUAGGUCUUUUACCAAAGAAAGAUUUUGAUAAGCUUAAAAAUGGUAAAAUCACAGUUCAAGAGCUCGGUGAGACUGAAAAUCUCAAAACCAUUCUCAAAGGAAAGAACAGCAUUGCUGGGAUUUUGACACCAUUAAAUAAAAGGGCAACAAUCUACCAAGCAUCUCAAGAGAAGAAGAUUACUCCAGGCACAGCCAUGAUACUUCUUGAAGCCCAGGCAGCAACUGGUUAUAUGUUAGAUCCCAUUAAAAAUAAAAAGCUGUCUGUUAAUGAGGCUGUUAAGGAAGGCUUGAUUGGCCCAGAGCUACAUAAUAAAAUGCUUUUAGCUGAGAGGGCUGUUAUUGGUUACAAAGAUCCAUAUACAGGUGACAAAAUAUCCGUCUUUGAAUCUAUGAAGAAGGGUUUAAUAGAGCAUGAUCAUGCCAUUAGAAUCAUUGAAGCUCAAAUUGCAACAGGGGGCAUUAUUGACCCUCUCAAUAGUCAUCGUGUACCCAAUGAAGUGGCAUAUAAACAGGGACUAUAUGAUAAAGAAAUGAACAAGACUAUGGAAAGCCCCUCAGAUGAUACAAAGGGUUACUUUGAUCCUAGCACCCAAGAACCAUUGACAUACUCUGAAUUAAUGUUGAGAUGUUCUACAGACCCUGAAACUGGCUUGCUUCUUCUGCCAAUCUCAGAAAAAGCUGCACAAUGCUCAAGUAUAUACACAGAGGAAGAAACCAAGGAUGUGUUCAGCAAAACAACUGUGUCCGUUCCAUUUGGAAGAUUCAAGGGAAAGCCUGUCACCAUAUGGGAAAUAAUAAAUUCUGAGUACUUCACUGAAGACCAAAAGAAAGACCUUCUCCGUCAGUAUAAGACAGGCAAGAUCACAAUAGAAAAAAUCAUUAGAAUUGUGAUCACUGUGGCAGAAGAGAAGGAAAAGAAGAGUGAAAUUAACUUCAGUGGUCUUAGAGCACCGGUUCCUGCCUCUGAGCUCCUUGAAUCAAAGAUUAUUGAUAAAGAUCUGUACAACAAAUUACAAAAGGGUAAUACAACUGUCAAAGAGGUAUCUGAAAUUGACACUGUCCACAAAGCUCUUAAGGGCACAAAUUGCAUAGCAGGUAUAGUUACUGAGUCAUCAAAGGAGAAAAUGUCCUUCUAUAAGGCAAUGAAGAAGGACAUAUUAAGUGCUGGACUUGCCUUAAAUAUGCUUGAAGCACAAGCAGGAACAGGCUACGUGGUUGACCCGCUUGAAAAUCAGAAGUAUACUGUUGAUGAAGCUGUAAAAGCAGGUGUUGUUGGUCCUGAACUGCAUGAAAAGCUCCUAAGUGCAGAGAGAGCAGUUACGGGUUACAAAGACCCAUAUACCGGAAAGACAGUAUCUCUGUUCCAAGCAAUGAAAAAAGAUCUUAUUCCUAAAGAGCAAGGGAUCAGACUGCUGGAUGCACAAAUGACCACUGGUGGCAUCAUUGAUCCAGUCAAGAGCCACCGUGUUCCCCAUGAUGUUGCCUGCAAACGAAAUUACUUUGAUGAUGAAAUGAAGCAGAUGUUAAGCCGAGCAGCUGAUGAAAUGAGAUGUUUCUAUGACCCCAACACAAAAGAAAAGGCUACAUACGCACAGCUUUUCCAGAGAUGUUUAACUGACGAGAAAACAGGUCUUCAGCUUUUGUUUCUUACAGAUGAAGCUAUCAAUGCAAAGGAAGAGCCAACACUUACUGAAGCCCAGACAGAAGAAGCUAUGACUCAGGCAACUGUCGAAGUUGACUCUGGACCAUUCAAGGGCAGGAAAAUGACAAUUUGGGAAAUGAUCAACUCUGACUAUAUAACUGAGGCACAAAGACUUGAUUUGCUCAGACAAUUUAGAUCUGGAAAGAUAUCAAUUGAAAAACUUCUUAAAAUUAUAAUCACGUUUGUAGAGGAAGAGGACGCAAAGAAGCAGGAGCAGUUAAAUUUUAAUGGACUCAGAGCACCUGUUCCAGCAGGAUGUCUUUAUGAGUCCAAAAUAAUUAACAAACAUACAUUUGAUCUCCUACAACAAGGCAAAACUACACCUAAAAAGGUCAGUGAGAAUCCCAAUGUGAAGAAAUACCUCCACGGCUCAGACAGUGUUUCAGGCAUCUUUUUAGAGCCGAAUAAAGAAAAAUUAAGCAUUUAUCAGGCUAUGAAGAAAAACCUCAUCAGACAGGACACGGGUCUUUCUCUUUUAGAGGCUCAGGCUGCCACUGGGUUCAUUGUCGAUCCUGUGAAAAAACAGUUUUUGUCAGUAGAUGAAGCUGUAAAAUCAGGCCUUGUUGGCCCAGAGCUACAUGAAAAACUGCUCUCUGCAGAAAAAGCUGUCACAGGUUACAAAGAUCCAUUCACAGGAAAGAAAAUCGGCCUAUUUGAAGCGAUGCAAAAAGAUCUAAUUUUGAAAGAUCAAGCUAUGCCAUUCCUAGAGGCACAGAUGGUCACUGGAGGAAUAAUCGAUCCUGUAACUAGUCUUCGUGUCCCAAUGGAUGUUGCAUUUGAAAAGAACAUUUUCAGUCAGGAAAUGGCAAACACUCUCUCUCAGCCAUCUGAUGAUAAUAAGGUUUUCACAGACCCAGAAACCGAUGAAAAUGUAACUUAUAGUCAGCUUAAAGAAAAGUGCAGAAGAGAUCCAGAUACAGGCAUGUGCAUCCUCCCACUCUCUAAGCCUCAGUCCCCUACAGUUGUGGAAAAGACAUACCUCUUCACAGAGGAGCAAACACAAAGUGAUCUUAGCAAUACCCAAAUUGACAUUCCAAUCGAGGGUCUUACAGAAAAACCCACAAAUCUCUGGGAUAUUGUGAACUCAAAUUUGAUUCCAGAACAGCAGAGGCAGAAGCUGAUGGAUGAAUAUCGUUCUGGAAACAUGACUAAAGAACGAAUGAUCAUAAUUAUUAUAGAAAUCAUGGAGCAAAGAGAGAUCAUUCGAAAUGCAAAUCCUCUUGCAUGUAAGACAAUGAGGAGGCAGGUUACAAUUGAGGAAUUAUACAAUGCCCAUAUCAUUGAUUUGGAGACCUACAACCUUCUUAAACAGGGGAAAAGAGAAAUCCGUGACAUAAUGGAGAUGAGUAGUGUGAAACAGUAUUUAUAUGGCACUGGCUGUGUUGCUGGGGUCCAGACUGACUCAAGCGCAAAGAUCAGUAUUUAUCAAGCAAUGAACAGGGGAUUUCUUAAACCUGAAAUUGCUCUUAGCCUCUUAGAAGCACAAGCAGCAACAGGAUACAUUAUUGAUCCUGUAAAAAAUGAAACACUCACUGUUGAUGAAGCUGUUCGUAAGGGUGUUGUUGGUCCUGAGAUCCAUGAUAAACUACUUUCUGCUGAGAGGGCAGUUACAGGAUACAAAGACCCAUACAGCGGAAAGGUCAUAUCUCUUUUCCAGGCCAUGAAAAAAGAUCUUGUUAAGGAGGAUUAUGCUUUGAAAAUGUUAGAGGCACAAUCUGCCACUGGAGGAAUCAUUGAUCCUGAAUUCCAGUUCCACCUGCCUGCAGAUAUUGCAAUGCAAAGAGGUUAUAUCAACAAGGAUACCAAUGAGAAACUAGCAGAUGGCGUGAAAGGAUUCAUAGAUCCCGUUACUGACGAAAAACUGUCAUAUGCACAGCUUCUUAAGAGAUGCAAGCUCGAAGGUGGAUUGAGACUUCUAUCUCUGGGAGACAAGAGGCUGAUGUUCAAGGGUCUUAGAAAACAAAUCACAAUGGAAGAACUUCUCCUUUCACAAAUUAUUGACCAGCAAACUGUGACUGAAUUGAAUGAAGGUCUUAUUUCAGUGGAGGAGGUCAGUAGUAGGUUAUCAAAGUACCUUGAGGGCACAAGCUGCAUUGCAGGUGUAUUUAUUGAGAAUACAAAGGAACGUCUAUCAAUUUACCAAGCCAUGAAAAAGAACAUGAUCAGGCCUGGCACAGCCUUCGAACUUCUUGAGGCCCAAGCAGCCACAGGAUAUGUUAUUGACCCAAUUAAAAACCUUAAGCUGACUGUCAAUGAAGCCGUGAAAAUGGGAAUUGUUGGACCUGAGUUCAAAGACAAGCUUCUCUCUGCUGAGCGUGCAGUGACAGGAUAUAGAGAUCCAUAUUCAGGCAAGACAAUAUCACUCUUCCAGGCCAUGAAAAAAGGACUUAUCCUGAAAGAUCAUGGUAUCCGUCUGUUGGAGGCUCAGAUAGCCACAGGUGGAAUAAUUGACCCAGAGGAAAGUCAUCGUUUGCCAGUUGAGAUGGCCUACGAACGUGGCUUCUUUGAUGAGGAAAUGAACGAAAUUCUGACAGACCCAUCUGAUGACACCAAAGGCUUCUUUGAUCCCAACACUGAAGAGAACCUAACCUACCUGCAACUCAUGGAGAGGUGCAUUACUGAUCCAGACACUGGCCUGGUUCUCCUUCUGCUCAAAGAAAAGAAACGGGAGCGAAAGACCUCAUCUAAAUCCUCAGUUCGCAAACGACGAGUUGUUAUCGUUGACCCAGAGACAGGCAAAGAAAUGACAGUAUAUGAGGCAUACAGGAAGGGACUCAUUGACCAUCAGACCUACUUAGAGCUUGCUCAACAAGAGUGUGAAUGGGAAGAAAUUACAAUGACUUCCUCCGAUGGUACAGUCAAAUCCAUUAUUAUUGAUAGGAAGUCAGGGAGACAGUACGAUGUUGAUGAUGCCCUUGCACGUGGCCUUAUUGACCAAAAUGCCCUUGAGACAUAUCGAGCUGGAAACUUGUCCAUCACAGAGUUUGCUGACAUGCUUUCUGGAAACAUGGGAGGCUUCCGGUCUCGCUCUUCUUCAUUUGGAUCCACCACUGCUUCUGAUUUCUCCUCUCCUAUGAGCCCAAUACCAUCCAUAAAACCACCUGCAGUCAUAUGGAAUGAUCCAUCAGAGGUAACUGGCCCCAUAGCCGGAAUUCUGGACAUAGACACAUUGGAGAAGGUGUCAAUCACUGAGGCAAUUCGCCGAAACUUGGUAGACAAUAUUACUGGCCAAAGAUUGUUAGAGGCCCAAGCCUGUACUGGAGGAAUAAUUGACCCUUCAAGUGGGGAGAGAUUUUCAGUUGCUGCUGCUGCAGAAAAAGGUCUUGUCGACAAAAUUAUGGUUGAUCGUCUUAAUCUGGCUCAAAAAGCUUUCAAUGGGUUUGAAGAUCCCAGAACUAAAGAAAGAAUGUCUGCCUCUCAAGCUCUGAAAAAGGGCUGGUUGUAUUAUGAAGCUGGGCAGCGAUUCCUAGAGGUACAAUAUCUGACAGGCGGACUUGUUGAACCUGAUGUCGAGGGCAGAGUAUCACUGGAUGAAUCAAUCAAGAAGGGUACAAUCGAUGCCCGCACUGCCCAGAAACUAAGAGAUGUCAGUUCUUACUCGAGAUACCUAACAUGUCCGAAAACAAAACUGAAAAUCUCUUUCAGAGAUGCUAUGGACAGAAGUAUGGUAGAGGAAGGAUCUAGUCUUAGGCUUCUUGAGGCCUCAUCACAAUCCAGCAAAGGUCUUUAUAGUCCCUACAAUGUCAGUGGCUCUGGUUCUGCUUAUGGUUCACGAUCAAGUUCAAGGACUGGUUCCCGAUCAGGAUCCAGGAGAGGCAGUAUUGAUGCAGGGUUUAAUGUCACCUACUCAUCCUUCACAUCUUCCUCCACUGGCUAUAGCCGUAAAUUUUAA